UUAAUCAUGGAUAAUGUCUCUCUUAUAACAACAUUUUUUCUUUCAGGUUUACAUGAAGCUAUGAACUACCGACUGGCUCUCUUCUCUCUCACUUUACUGUGUUACUGUUUGACUUUGCUGAUUAAUGUGACUGCUAUUGUGACCAUCAUCUUGGAUAAAAACCUGCAUGAACCAAUGUAUAUUUUACUAUGUAGUUUUUGCAUGAAUUCACUUUAUGGGACAACAGGUUUCUACCCCAAGUUUCUCUGGGAUCUGCUUUCUCCUGCCCAUGUUAUCUCUUAUUCUGGAUGUCUAGUUCAGGCUCUGGUAAUAUACACAUUUGCCUGCGUUGAUCUGUCUAUUCUUUCCGUCAUGGCAUAUGACAGAUAUGUUGCUAUAUGUCGACCACUGGAGUACCACUCUGUCAUGUCAAAGCAAAGACUCAAUAAGUUGGUGUGUUACUCUUGGAUGACACCUUUUUGCAUCGUGGGCACAAAUAUUUUUCUAACAUCUAGAUUAAAGUUAUGCAGCCCAUAUAUCGCCAGGCUGUUUUGUGUGAAUUGGAUUAUUGUUAAACUCGCUUGUUUCCCAGCUGAAACUAUAGUAAACAACAUAGUUGCAUACGUUACAAUACUAAUUUAUGUCUUUCACGGAAUUUUCAUAGUUUGGUCCUACAUGUAUCUCAUUAAAACAUGUGUGAAUUCUGUAGAAAAGAGGGCAAAGUUCAUGCAAACGUGUGUGCCACAUUUAACCUCCUUACUCACUUUUCUUGUAACUAUACUUCUUGAUAUAAUGCUUAUUCGAUAUGGUUCAAAAGAUUUACCUCAAGCCUUCCAAAACUUUACUGCAAUAGAAUUUCUUGUCAUACCUCCUCUUGUUAAUCCUCUAAUUUAUUGUUUUAAAUUGUCAAAAAUUCGAAGGAGAAUUUUCUGUGUUGUCACUAUCAAACCUACUUAA